CAAUGCCUAGUAUGUCUUCCCCUUUCUUCCAGAACCCGGAUUGGAACAUGUCGCAGGACCCUUACGAAAUUUUGUUCGAUUCGUUGCCAAGAAAUGAUGUUCUUGACCCUCUUCACGAUUCUCUUUCCUUCGAUAUGGUUGAUAAUUUCUCCAUGGCACCAAAAGGAAACCAUAGCAAGGCAAAUCAAGUGGUGGUGAAAUCUGAAGUGCAGAAUAAGGAAAGGUCGUACACAGGUGUAAGGAAAAGGCCUUGGGGAAAAUAUGCAGCAGAGAUCAGAGACACGACGAGGAAUGGCACUAGGGUUUGGCUUGGAACCUUUGACACUGCAGAGGCUGCUGCUUUGGCUUAUGACCAAGCUGCAUUUUCCAUGAGAGGCCAUAAUGCUGUGCUCAAUUUUCCGAUCAAAAGGGUCAAAGAUUCUUUGCAAGAGAUCCAAUAUAGCUGUUGCAAUGGUUCUUCUCCUGCACUUGCACUCAAGGAGAGGCACUGCAUCCAAAGAAAGUUCUCAUCAAAAGCUAAAAAGUGUAAAGGGAAAGGGACAUCAGAGGAUCCAACACAAAGUGUGGUGGUGUUAGAGGACUUGGGAGUUGACUAUCUUGAGCAACUUCUAAGCGUUUCUGAUCAAAGUGAAAGCCCUAGCUAUUGGCCCUAGACUAAACCUGGUUCAUUUUUUUUUUAAAUUUACUCCUUUUUCCUUGUUGUGUAUGGCUUUUUCAAGACAUCAAUUUUAUUGUUGUGUAUUGUGCUUCUCUCUUUAAUAAGUCCCGCACCACAUUCUCUGGGAUAUCCACUUUAAAAA